AUGAUGUUAAGAUAACUCUUUAUACAAACUAGGCCAACUCCUAAUCCUUCAUCAUUGAAAUUCCUUCCAGGAAAAGAUGUGAUGCCUGCUGGGGAUUAGACCAUGGAUUUUUCAUCUAUUAGAUUUACUCACAUUUCUCCAUUAGCCAGAAGGCUUUUUGGUAUUGAAGGAAUCGUACGUGUAUUCUAUGGAAAAGAUUUCAUCUCAGUCACGAAAAAAGAUGACUUAGAUUGGAAUAUUGUCAAGCCAGAGGUGUUAGAAGUCAUUACAGAUCAUUACUCUAAAAGUUUACCUUUAUUUACAGAAGAACUCCCAGCUGAAGAUACCUAAAUCAAUGAUGAUGAUUCUGAAUGCGUAGCGAUGAUUAAAGAGAUCAUUGAAACUAGAAUUAGACCAUUUGUCUAAGAAGAUGGAGGUGAUGUUAAAUAUUUAAACUUCAAUGAGGAGACUGGUCAUGUUUAACUAUAAAUGAAAGGAUCUUGUGCUGGUUGCCCAAGCAGUGCAGUUACUCUAAAAAAUGGCAUUGAAAACAUGCUCAAGCAUUAUGUCGCUGAAGUUGAAUCAGUAGAAGCAGUAGACGAAUUAGCUGAAUGA